GAGGUGCGGGCUCGGGGGUGUGAGCGGCCGGGCAGGGCGCCCCCAGGAUGCUGCGGUUCCUGCGCAGGACCUUUGGCCGGCGGUCGAUGCAGCGCUACGGGCGAGGAGCCGGGCGCGGAGCCGGGCGAGGUGGGCUCGGCGGCGAGGGGGACGAGCGGGACGGGGGGCUGCGAGGAGCUGCCGCCGCCGUCGGCUCGGGAGGCUUCCCCUCCUCGCCGCACCCUGGAGGAGUGGUCGUGCACAGCGCCGGAGCCCCCGUCCACAUCCCGGCGGCCGGCGGCAGUAAGCCGGUGCUGCAGUGCCGCGUCCUGCUCCUGGACGGGACCGAAGUCAACGUGGAGCUGCCGAAAAAUGCAAAGGGACAGGAGUUGUUUGACCAGAUUGUAUAUCAUCUGGACCUUGUGGAAACUGAUUAUUUUGGCCUACAAUUCAUGGAUGCUUCCCAGGUUACACACUGGUUGGACCUUUCAAAAUUCAUUAAGAAACAAAUAAAAAUUGGACCUCCGUACACGUUGCAUUUUCGAAUUAAGUACUAUUCAUCAGAACCAAACAACCUUCAUGAGGAGUUUACAAGGUACCUGUUUGUAUUACAGCUCCGGCAAGAUAUUCUUUCAGGGAAACUGAAAUGCCCAUAUGAAACUGCUGUUGAACUAGCAGCUCUGUGUCUUCAAGCUGAGCUGGGAGAGUGUGAGCACCCAGAGCACACACCAGAACUCGUGUCUGAAUUUAGGUUUGCACCAAACCAGACCGAAGCAAUGGAAUUUGACAUUUUUCAGAAAUGGAAAGAGUGCAGGGGAAAGAGCCCAGCACAGGCCGAAUUGUGCUACUUGAACAAAGCUAAAUGGCUAGAAAUGUAUGGUGUGGAUAUGCAUGUAGUUAAGGGAAGAGAUGGUUGUGAAUAUGCUCUUGGACUGACACCAACAGGCAUAUUGAUCUUUGAAGGAGCCAACAAAAUAGGCUUGUUCUUUUGGCCAAAAAUCACAAAAAUGGACUUUAAAAAGAGCAAACUAACACUUGUGGUUGUAGAAGAUGACGAACAGGGCAGAGAGCAAGAGCACACAUUUGUUUUCCGGUUAGACAGUGCCAAAACAUGCAAACAUCUGUGGAAGUGCGCGGUGGAGCACCACGCUUUCUUCAGGUUGCGAGCCCCAGCAGCUAGUAAAUCCAGUAGAUCCGACUUCAUAAGGCUGGGAUCACGCUUCAGAUUCAGCGGGCGGACAGAGUAUCAAGCGACACAUGGGACAAGAUUACGCAGAACGAGUACGUUUGAAAGGAGGCCCAGCAAGAGGUAUCCUUCUCGAAGGCAUUCAACUUUUAAGGCAAACAAUCCUGUGAAAGCAGCACAGCUGUGUGCUAAAAAUACUCCUGAAGUCCAUAACUACCAGCCACAGUAUCAUCCUAAUAUACAUCCUGCUCAGCCACACUGGCAUCCACACACACCUGUGAAUGUAAGCUAUCCCUUGAACAACAGUGAUCUGCAUCAGUUCAACAUUGAGGAGAAUGGUGGAACACCAUAUACCACAAAAAUGCCUCCAAGGCACCACCACCACCACCGUCAUCACCACCACCACGCGAAUUACGGCGCUCUUGCACCUGACAGCAAAGAUAUUGUUCCUGGAGUUCUAAACCCAAACAAACUGAGCUCAGGACUUCCCCUUCUUUAUGAUGAAACUUCUCAUCUGAAGAAAAUAGAAACGGAGAGUGUGAAGGUAGUUGGACCAUGGCCAGCCUUGCACGUCAACAUGAACAAGGGUGAAGACAAGAAAGUAUCUGAAAAGACUCUUCAUCCCCCUGUGUCACCUUCAUCUGUACCUGACCAUAUGAAAUGCAACAUCCUUAAAGCUCAAGUGGAAGCUGCUUUUAGAGUAGGCACACAGCUGGAGAAUCACACUGCAGUGUGCAUGAGGAUGCUGGAAGCUGAAUCCGGGAGCACACCGCCGCAGACACCACAGGCUGUGAAAGAAGACACCUCUUUUGUAAAUACCAGUAAGACCUCCAGCCUGCAGGACCCUAAUGUAAGAAGUCCAGCUCCCGUGCGACCAGAAACUACGCCAUCAACUGGCCCUACAGAAAAGCAGGAGAUUAAAGUUUCUCGUGUGAGGAAGUUAACGAGGCAGUACAGUUUUGAUGAAGAUGACCUUCCUCCAGCACUGGCAGCAGCAGCGGCGGCAUCAACACCCGUGUCUUCAGCAUCUCCUGUGUCACAGAAAACGUGUACGCCACAGACGUCAGAAGGACAAACACAGGUUUCACCUGGUGGCAAGAGUUCCACAGAUGCUGGAAGUACAUUUGCUUUGGAGCCAGGUGACCUUCUGAUGGAUUUCACAGAGGCCACACCUAUGUGACUUUCUUCUAUGACAAAAGCCUCCAUCUGCAGAAGAUGACACUUGAUUUUGUUGGCUGUGCACAUGAUCUAGGCAUCGGGCACCGGAUCAUCAUUUAUUUCAUUGGUAAAGAACAUGGGGAAAAAAAGGUAACUUUGCAUUAGCUGUCCUAGCAAUGCAGUGAACUUAUUCUGCAGCAACGUUGGAGAGCAACUGCAUCCAGCAAUGAUACCUACUGCUUUUUGUUUGCUUUGUUUCUAUGUUCUAACAAAGACCAAGCAAAUGCUGCAAUCUCUUUUAGCCAACACAUCAAGACUGUGACAUCAUUUUGCCUUGCCACAUUUUCCUCAGGGGUUGGUGAUUGUGUUGACAGACCAGGCUGAAGUUAUGGUCUGUAUAAGCUUGCUCACCUUCUCAGCAUCAGCAAAAGAGUACUGAAAAUCCUGAAGACUGUGAGAGCAUGGACACUGUCUUGUUUUUGUCACAUCUUAAUUGUUCUUAUUCUCUGUUCUUUUGAAGAAUGUCUUCUCAAAAACAGUUUCAAGGCAAGCUACAUUGUAAAAGUGAUCCAGGACAUGCGUUCCAUUCCAAUGUGCUCUAGAGAUGCUGCGCUGACUUAAUAACAUUACUACCAUUAUCCUUCAUCCCCUCCCAAUACCUCUGGAAUCAUUUUGGUAACAACCUGUAAUUACAGUCUUUAGAGUGAAGAUCAACAGAGUACUCCAUCUUUAAAGACUGCAUAAAAGGGACUCCAGCACCAACAUGAUUUGCUGGGUUACCCUUGAAAAUUAGUACAAAAUUUGGCAUGAAGAUUCAGGAUUUUAUCUAGGGCAUCUGCAGCAUUGUGGUUUAGGUAGACCUGCUUAUAAGUAGUGCAUAGCAUAUACUGCAGCCACAAACAACUAUAUCUUAAGUGUCUGUGAAAUGCUAUAGCUGCAUCAAAGCCAAACUUCAGCACACUGAACAUUGUAUAUCACUCUCAUAAACCUUGCUUGAGCAUCCAUUUGGAAGCCAGAAGUCACUGGAGCACAGCCAUGGAGCUGUGCAGCCACCUCCUGACCCCUACUUGCACAAAGUCACUCUAAGAGGGUGAAGAAUAUUUGAUGGAGAGGAAAGUAUUAGCUCUGUUGUAUAAGCAUCCAGUCAGACAUCAAGAACAUGGUGUAUGCUUCUGGGGCAUAUUCCAUGACAGUUGGACUGAGCCUGCAGUGAGGACCAGAGAAGUCCUGGCAUGCAUCAGUGAGCAGAGGAAUGGCAAGUUCAUCAUUUGAGAGAACCCCCGAAAAGCUUGACUCAGCAAGGAUGUUAUGGCAUGAACAUAACUUUCAAGGUGAAGCUUUCUGAGUUUACCAAAGGGAGUUAAGUGGAACGUCUGGGGAGGGGGACUCUAUACAGCAGUCCUGUUGAAACUCGCACCAAGCAGCUAAGUCAGAUGAGUCAAACAGUUGAAUUCACUUACGUUGGUUCUUGGGUGUCAAUGAAUGUUGUUCAAAGCAUUACCUUGAACUCCAAUCUCUGCUAGUUAUUUACAAGAUGAGCAAGGAAGACCCAAAGACCAGAUGGAGCUAGGAGGGGGAUUUCACAGUGUUGAUCUCCCCACAGGCAGUGACAGUAGGCAGGGAGGUUCUGAACACGUAGUGUCUCCCUGGCUUAGUGGCUUGCUUCUCUUCAGAAACUUCAUGUUUGGUGCCUUAGGGUGUUUUCAAUUGUAAAUUUCUGCGAAACUGCCCCUCCUCCAUAUGUGUGAAUGAAAUCUGUUGGCUGGCACUGACACUUGGAUUCAAUUUCAAGAAGUGGAACAAAUCCUGCAUGCCAUAAGAAGGUGGCCUGUGAUGCAAUGCACAUGGGAUUCACACAAAGUGUGGUUCAUCACAGCAUUUAGUUCACACAGCCUUUUCCAAGAUUGAUUAUCCAAUGGUAUUGCUGAUUUGCAUCUCCAUCCUGUUACAAAUGUAUUGGACUGCACUGGUUUAGUCUGAUUUUUACCCUGUGCAUCCAGGCAGUGAUUAUGCCUGCCUACUUAUCACACUAGUUUUGUUGCCACAUACAAAAGGAAUGAAAUGGAGCUGACAUUACCUGAGUGAUCGAUCACUGGAGCCAGGAACUACACCCACUCAAAAGAAUUUGUUUGGCCAUGAGGGUAUUGCAGAGUGAAAAAUACCAGAAACUCCUUGGUUUUACAUUUUCUGCCUCAUUAUUCAUUUCAGCCACUAAAACAAUAUGACAGCAGAUAAGGAGCUUUGCUGAACAAUUGCAGAGUCCAGAAUCAUACCACUGGUUUUGGGAACCAGGUCUAAUGGUUAACUGGUGUUUUUAAAGUCACGUCAUAUGUCAGGACUGGGAAAUGCUAAUGCAAUGUACUCCAGACGUACUGAUCUUUUCUAAUUUGAGGAGUAGAAACAAGUCUCUGUGCUGUAUGGAUGUGAUGGUAUUCAACUUAUAGCAUAUAUUUUGAAAUAAAGCACCACAGAAUACUCCUCUGGCUGUAUGUGUUAACUGAGGUCUGCAUUUAUGACACUGAUUCAGGUGUUAGCAGCUCUGCUGCUGCAGCCAUGCACAGGAAUCUAGUGAAGUGUUUGGCCUAAAGUUUGUCUUCCAUCUGGCCAAUAUACAGAGUGACAGUGCAAGCCCACUGAGAUCACACAUUUUUUUCCUCCAUCCUGUUAUAAAUGCCCCCAGUCAUGGUGCAGGGGAUAGUACUGAAGCAAAGUGUCAGCAGCAGAAAAUGUGACUGGACAUUUGUAGAGGGAAAGGAAGUUGUAGCUGGGCAUUGGAUAUACUGCCUACCCCAAAUAUAAGAGAGCGUAUCCAAAUUAAGCCCACUUCUCCCAAAUGUGAUAUAUUUGUGUCACAGCAAGGACAUGUGUAAUAUUCCCUCUGAUAGAAAUACCAAAAAUAGCUAAUUUUAUAUCAAUUAACUUGAUAGAAGUACUCUUCCAUUGUCUCCCUCCACUUCCAUUUGCUUUCAUGAGAAAGCUAUAGUUGUUUUCUCCUAACCCAUCUAAAAGAUGUUUCAGGGAAGUACAAUUGUUUUUACUGAUAUUUUUAAUUCUGUCCAGAAGAACUCUUUGCACAAAUGCAAAGUAAAGAGGGAGCUUCUUUUCCUGUUGUCCCUUUUCUCCCUUCAUCCUCCUUCUUUCUCCCUUGCAGUAUAAAUAUCAAGGGAAAUUAGUGCUGUUAAUUCUUCCUGGUUGUGGCAAAGAUACCUUCAAAAUAUGUCACUCCAAUGGACAGCUAAUAAUACAGCAAGAAUCCUUGAGUACUAGCAUAAAAUUAUCCACAGAGGAAUAAAAUUAUACUCACCACAAAAUCAAUGUGACUGUUACAUUGACCGACUUUCAGAUUUUUCUUCUUAAAGAUUACUCAACCUCUGGAGUUUCCCUGAGUGUGCUGAUCCUUUUUGUAUUAUUCUUUUCUUUUUUUUUUUUUUCUUUCAUUUUGUUAAUAGUCAACUGUUCUUUUAAGUUCAGUAAAUUCUUGGCUUGCCAAGCUAAAUAUUCCAGACAAGGAGCUACUUGUCCAAAGUAGCUCUGCUAUGGUAAUUCACCCUGACCUUUAAAGCAAGGGGCAUUUGAGGUUGUGAAACAAGCCCUGCAGAAUGCCUUCACCCCCACUUUUGUGCCAUGCCCCUGUGACAUGACAGUUAUUUAUGGACCUCUCAUCAAGGUAGUUUUAUGGUUGUCGCUUAGGCUACAAGACUGUUUUCAUUCCUGCAGAGAGAGAAGGUAUGCUUGAAAUCAAGUUUUAGAUUUAAGUCUGUCUGUGCUGUUAUCAAGAGCACAGCUCUGACCUCUUGUUGCUCAUGGUAUUUCUGUAGCCCCUCUGACACCACUUAGUCCCUUUUGGUCCUGUGGAAGAGCUUUACUGGGCCAGAACGUGCUGAUCUGAGCAGCUCUGUGAUGUGGACACAACUGCUGCUCCAUCUGCCACCACAGGAUUUUCUGUGCUCAGCUGUAAACCUCAAAGCUGUUAUUUCUCUUCUUUUGUCUUACACCACAGUGGGCAGAAUGCCUCAGCAGCUUGUCUACAGGCGAUCCACAUGGUAGCAGCUACUGUGUUUUGCUAGUCUGAGCAGCUACCGUUCAGCUUCACGAGACUGUCCUGCACGCAGACCUACCCACCUUCUUCCUUCUUCCUUCUCACCUCAUGUUUGCAGUCCUGGCUGCAGCUGGGAAGUUGCUGAAGGUCUCUCAGGUUCAGAGCCUGUGGGAACUGGCAGCAGCCCCAUAUCAAGGCCUUGGUCAACUCAAUAAACUCUCUUUUGCCAUUUUUGUAACAGUGGUCUCUUCUCAGAGGGAAAAAAAAUUAGAGGAAGAAAGAGUAAAUCCUAAAGGCUGAGCAGGAUAGUUUCUGUUUGUCACUCUUAAAAUGAAUACAAGUAUGCUGUUGUUUUGUUUUUUUUUUCCUUCUGUUCCUUAAUUGCUAUUUUCAGUUUCUUUAAAACAGUGGAGAAACACUGAUAACUAAGCAAGAUUAACCAUUUUUUGUCAUGUUUUGAUAUGUAGACUGGCUUCAAGCACAUCCACAGAUCACAGUAGUGAUUUUGGAAGCGAGUAUUCUGCAUGGCUGUGUGCCACAGCCUGUAAUCAGGGCUGACUCCUCUUAUGUGCAUCUGGUCUCAAAACACAGUGGGUUCUGGAGUAUUGUUCUUUGUCGUUUUUCUCUUCUGUUUUCAGUAACUGCACUUUGUUUCCUUAAUGAGACCAACCUGCAAAAUUUGAUUGUGGCUGCAGAAUAUCACUUGUAUAUGAGCAACCAACUUCCCAUCCCUGUUUGCCUUUGGCCCAAGGAUUGUGUUUGUAAUGGACAGCACUUGUAUUUUUGUGCUGUAACAUCAUCUUGUAAACUCUUUAUAACCUGAGAAUGACAACCUGGGCUCAUGAUUUGCUGUGUCUCAAGAGUGAGACAUUCCACAGCUCUCCAUGCUUCACGUUGACAGUCUUGGCUGUGGGUGUGAGGUAACAAUCGCUUCAAUCCAGUUAGUAGGUUCAAUUGGCAAUGUAGUACAGACACUUAGCUAACAGACAUGAAUAUAGAACUAUAAAGAGAGUGUGAAAUUUUCUUUUAAUAUGUUUGCAUAGAAAAUUGUGAUUUAAGUUAAUUUCUCCCUUGCACAGUUGUUUGUUCAUUUACAUCUUUGUAAUUGCCUUAUAAACACCUUUAUUCUGUUAAAAAUAUACUUACAUGCUUAACUGUAUCUUUGCUGCCCAUACUCCUUGUGUGUAAGAAGCCUGACAAUUAAUGCCAACAUUAAAUCCACGUGUUUGCAGAAGUGGACCCACAGAUGGCUGUUAAUUUCCCUUGGCAUCCUUAUA